AUGCUCCGACGCCUAGCACUUCUGUCUGCCAGACACUACUCUGGACCACCGAUUAAGAGAUACAACGGAUUCACAAAUUGGCCAUCAUUGAAAUGGCAUACGGCGUUUCCUGCUCCAGCAAAAAUCUUCACAGGAGUCUUAUCGGCUGCUGUGACCAUCACGCAUGUGCAUCACAACACGCUAGUGACGUUAGGUCCACCAGUAGCUGUGGGGACGUAUUUCAUCAUGAGAAGAAUAAACCACCAACGGUUUCUUCGACUGCUUGAAGGUGUGAGACCGGAAAAUACCACUGAAUGGGACGAUGACGGGUCGAAGAUCCGUAUUUGGAAGUAUGACGAGACGAAUGUCCAGAAUGUGCUUCAUGGCAUCGACAACGAGUUCCAGCACAAGUUGGCACAAGCACUUGAGGUAGUGGAGAAGAAGGUGGUGGACUACGUGGUUGAACUGGAAAGUAGCGACAGCGUCUCCCUGCUAGUUUCGCUGCUAUUGGACGAAAACAAGCAAGUCGUAAUGCAUUUGGGGGAGUCGCCAGAAACAUUCGUCACCACUCGGGCAGAGGUGGUUGACCGGGACGGGGCAGAGAGGUUUGUUGAAUUCCUGAGGUUUUCGGUGGCACUUUACUCUUCGAAGAACAUUCGUAACAGAAGAAGAUUGGCUGUGGCUGAUGUGAGUUUACUUGCUGUUCCUGAGACUGAAGAAGCAGAGGAUUUAGACUAUCGAGACUACCGAAUGACAAUAGAACUCACACCUUACAAACUUUUUGGCAAGCCCGAGAAGGUUCAGAAUACUAAGACUGAGAUCAGCUCUGCUGAUAAUUUCAAACAGAGUGGCCGAAAUUAG